UAGAAAGCUUUGUUAAGAAAGCAAGGCACUUUCAUUUUUUUUUUUAAAUACUUCUUAAAAUAAUUUUACUUGGAGUACAAACCUACGCUAUCGUCAGGCAUGACGAAUUCAAAUUCAGUAUUCACCUACAGAUUAGAUUAGCAUUUAGCACACACAGAGACAUAAACGAAGUCAAAGACUCAAACUCAAAAGCCAAAUAGUGCUCUAAAAACUGUCAUCCAAAGUCAAAAGCUUGUCAGCCAUGUCCAUCACCACCACCGCCACCGGUGCACACAUCCUUGUUUACACCUACCCAGCCUCAGGCCACAUCAUACCGCUCCUCGAUCUCACCCACCGAUUACUCCGCCGCGGUCACACCGUCACCGUUGUAGUCCUCCCCACCAACCACCCUUUGCUCCAACCCCUCCUAUCUCUCCACCCUUCUUCACUCCACCCCUUAGUUCUCCCAGCUCCUGAACGUCCCACUCCCUCAUGGAAAAGUCGCAUGGCCAAGGACCAAGCCAGGCGUGACCUUCACUACCCACUUCUCCUCAACUGGUUCCAUUCUCACCUCUCUCCCCCCAUAGCUAUUAUCUCCGAUUUCUUCCUCGGCUGGACCCACCACCUCGCUAAACAACUCGGCUUGCCACGUGUCGUCUUCUCUCCCUCCGGUGCUUCUGGCUUGUCAGUUCUUUUCUCACUAUGGCGUGACUUACCCAAAAAUGAAGAUCCUGCAGAUAUGAAUUUUCAGGUCUUGUUUCCUAGAAUCCCGAAUUCCCCAGUUUACCCUUGGUGGCAACUCCCUCAUCGGUAUAAAAAUAGUAAGGAAGGAGACCCAGAUUGGGAAUUCAACAAAAACAACAUGCUCGAUAAUUUCGCUAGCUGGGGUUUGGUUAUCAACUCGUUCACUGAGUUGGAGCGAGUUUACUUGGAGCAUUUGAGGACCGAAUUCGGGCACGAUCAAGUCUGGUCUGUGGGCCCGUUACUGCCUCUGGAAGAUGAUGUGAUUGGAUCGUCUAACAGAGGUGGGUCCAGCUCAAUUCCAUGUGAACAAGUGAUGACGUGGCUAGAUUCGCGACCUGACAGUUCCGUUGUCUAUGUUUGCUUCGGGAGUCGUACAACGUUGAAUACUAAACAAAUGGAAGUGUUGGUUUCGGCUUUGGACCAAAGUGGGGUCCAGUUUAUUUUUUGUGUGAGGGGCUUGGAUGAUCGACACGUGGGUUUGGAUGAUGAUCUUGGUGUGAUUCCAGAUGGGUUUGAAGAUCAUGUGGAGGGUAGGGGUUUGGUGAUUAAAGGAUGGGCCCCACAAGUGGCUAUACUGAGGCAUCGAGCUGUGGGUGUGUUCUUGACUCACUGUGGAUGGAACUCGGCGUUGGAAGGGAUCAUUGCUGGCGUGGUGAUGCUGACGUGGCCAAUGGGUGCAGAGCAGUUUGCAAAUGCCAAAUUAUUGGUUGAUGAACUAGGUGUGGGAAUUCGAGUUGGUGAGAACGUAGAGAACAUUCCUGAGUCUAGUGAGUUAGCUCGCCUAUUGGUGGAGUCGGUGAGUGCAACAAGACCGGAGAGGGUGCGAGUCAAAGGGCUUAGUGAUGCGUCUUUGGGUGCGAUCAAAGGAGGGAGCUUGGAUAAAGAUUUGGAUGAGUUUGUGGAGAGGCUAACUAGGUGAGGUCAACUAUGGAAAGGAUGUUUGGAAUUUUAGGUUGUUUGGUGCCGUUUUUUACUAACAAUUUUUGUUAUUUAAACAACAAUAUACGUAUUUUCACAAUACUUUCUUAUUUAUACAUAUUUUCACAACAUUUAAACAACGUUAUUAUAAAUUCUUUACCAAAUGGGCCCUUAAUUUUUGUUCAUAACAUAAAAAUUUAAAAAUGAAAAAUAAAAAAGAAGUACACUUCUUUGUUGCAUUCUUUUCCAUGUAUUAAGAUGCUAAUGGAGUGUAUUUUUUGGUUUGAAUUAUCUGUGAUUUUUUUUUCUUGUGAUUUAAGAAACAAAAACACACAGGGGACAGUGAUGUUCUUUUAAGUUCUAAUUAGGAAUCAUACCAAAAAUUGCAUUCAAAAGUAUGAUAAAUUAUUUAUAAUAUUUCAAAAUCUUUCUGUAUACGGAUAUAUAGAUGUUUCUGUUAAAAAUAUUAAUAAUAAAGGAAAUUAUAAGCUCAUGGCA